AUGGCAGACAAGCUCCCUGAACAGUGGCGCGAACUGCACAGACCGACGACUGGCGAAUCGGCCAUGGUGAAAGGCAUAUUACAGCGCCUUGAUAAGCUGUUUGAGCAAUUCUGGCAUAGGAUAGAAGCUCGGAAACAAAACUCACAUCCUCAGCAACGGGGAGGCGAAGUGAAAGGAGCCGUGCAGAGCCUGGGUCCCACGUGGGCAAAGCACCGUCCAUCCAAGAAUCACCACAUCCUCGUCCUAACCCACCAAGAUGAAGGGCCACUCCGGUCACAGCCGCAAAACACGCUUCACAACGGCACAAUCACGGUACCCGCACCCAGAAGCCGACCACUCCAGGCACCCACAGCCACCCGCAGCCUCAUUAUACCCUAUAGCCUGGUUCCACAGACCCCAGGUGCAGGACCCCUCAAAGGCCAGAAGUAAGAGUGAACACACCCUGGCAUAUCUACCUCAGAUAGCACUAUCCAGAGACUCUCCCAAAAUGCCGGGGUAUUGGCUGAAACCACCACAUCACCUUGUGCACGUUCUAGUACACGUUCCCAUGUGCUGGACUUCUGCACCUGCACUGAUGAUACCGUUAAUCUAAUUUAAUUUAUGUUGUGCCAUGAUUGUUUUUUCCUGUUUGCAUACCCCUAGGUGCACACACGCCAUGACAACCCAGGAUCACCUCACUAGUAACACUGCAAUAGCUCACAUCAACGGAUUUUCUCACAACACACAUUAUAUGCCUACAUUGCAAGCUAUUGUGCCACACCUGACACCGUAUUAA